GUGCAAAAGUCCCUUCAGGUGCUCCGUAGGAAAAAGUCGCGAAAAAAGAAAGAACCAACAACAACCGUCUUUGGCUUUUUCAAAAGCAUGCCUUCAGAAAAUAAAACGGAAGCGCAGGAGAAAUACUUUCUCGGGCAAAGAUCAUGUUCAUGCAAGUUUAUUGGGCUCCCUCUGCUAGUAACCAUAAGUUUUCUGGUGGAAUGGUCCUAUAUAGUCAAUGAUAAUCAGAAACACCCUCCAAUCAGCUCUUUUUCUCGGCACUUUGCAGAGCUCCACAACUCUUCAACCUCUGAUGAUUCUGCGGGGUCUCAUUCACUAAGAAGCUUUUUUCAGUCAGAAUUUGGAAUCAGUUCGCAGAGUUACUAUAUGUUGCAGGAGGCUGUUUACUGGCCCGGGCCUCAUAGACGAACUACAAGUUUAUUAAAGAGUUCUAGUCCAGAGCACACCAAAUUCACCAUUCAGAAUCUGAAAGAGAGCUACCAAACUGGUGAGGAACUGUUCGUUAUGGUGCAUGCAAAGGAUUUCAAAAAAAGGUUAAAAAGAUAUGGGGGAGACUUUUUUCAAGCCAAGUUAUUCUGGUCUAGAUCUAAGGUCAGUGAUUGUUCUCAUUUGUACCGUGUGAAUGGGCUUUCUAUUGAGAAUGUUCCUCUGUCACAGGCCAGUGUUUUUGGGGAGGUGGUGGACCUGCUCAAUGGCUCCUACUCUGUGCGUUUCCUCCUGCCUUGGGUCGGACAGGCUCAGGUUGCUGUGCGUUUAAUUCACUCUAGUGAAGCUGUGCAAGUCUUGAAGCAUCACAGAGAUACUGACUCAGACAGAGUGUCCUAUAAUGGAUAUUAUGAGGCUCCGGGACCAAAUAAAACCAGGCUGAGUGAAGUUGUGGAGUGUAAUGUGAAGUGGGACAAGAAUGGAUUAGAGCGAUUAGGAACCAAAAACUGCUGUUGUGAAUACAGCGAUCUUCGUACCAGAGAAACAUGGCGCUGCAAGAAACCCAAAUCUCUGCCAUGCAGUGCCCUCGUCUACCACUCCUUGGGGUCUUACAGAAACAGACUGAAAAAACUGGAGCAAACACUAAUCCAGAAAAGUAACAAAGCUAUCAGGGGAGAUAAGAGAAUCAUCAAAAUUCUUCAUUCUCAUGGAAAUAAAACCAUUGAGAAAUGUCGACCUGGUUUGCACACCCCAGUACCAGCUGGCUUUUUCCUACAUGACGUGUGGACAUCAUUUGUCUGCAACACCAGCCAGUUUACACCCCAAACCACAACCAAGUGCCUGAAGGACAAACACAUCUACAUGAUGGGAGACUCAACUAUGAGACAGUGGUUUGAGUUCUUUGUGAAAACAAUACCAACCCUGAAGCAGAUGAACCUCCAUGUCCGAUAUCAAACCGGGCCGCUCAUGGCAGUUGAUGUGGAAAACAACAUUGACUUACACUGGAGGGCUCACGGUCUUCCUCUUCGCACUUUGAAGACAGCGGUGGCUAGUUUGCAUUAUAUCAGUAAUGAGAUUGAUGACCUGGCUGGAGGCCCUCACACAAUCAUCAUGCUCAAUCUGGGACCCCAUUUCACCACGUACCCUCUGGAUUUCUUCACUCUUCGGGUGUUGAGGAUUCGCAAAGCUGUUCUUGCACUUUUACAGCGAGCGCCUGAUACUACUGUUAUCAUCAAGACUGUAAACACUGGAUAUAAGGAUAUUUUCGGCAGUGACUGGUAUUCUCUGCAGCUAAACAGAGUUCUGCGUUGGGCUUUUCAGGAUGUGGGUGUUUAUAUCUUGGAUGUGUGGCAAAUGACGGCCUGUCACUACAGCAAAGAGAACAUUCAUCCAGGCCCCAUUAUCAUCAAAAAUGAGAUUGAUGUUUUACUGUCUUUUAUUUGCCCUAAGUGAAUUAAAUAGAUCUCUACAGUUUAUUAUUGA